CCCUUGGAAGAAGGUGACGCUGAGGCGGCGCAGGUGUGAGGGACUGCAGCUCCUUGGUCGCCUUUCCCCUCAUCGCUGCGGUGGAUGGCGGCGGGAUGGAGCGCGAGGGGGGCGGCGGCAGCGGGGGAUCGGCGGGUCUCCUGCAGCAGAUCCUCAGCCUGAAGCUCGUGCCGCGGGUGGGCAACGGGACCCUGUGCCCCAACUCUACUUCUCUCUGCUCCUUCCCAGAGAUGUGGUAUGGUGUGUUCCUGUGGGCACUGGUGUCUUCUGUCUUCUUUCAUGUCCCUGCUGGAUUACUGGCCCUCUUCACUCUCAGACAUCACAAAUAUGGUAGGUUCAUGUCUGUAAGCAUCCUGUUGAUGGGCAUCGUGGGACCAAUUACUGCUGGAAUCUUGACAAGCGCAGCAAUUGCUGGAGUCUACCGAGCAGCAGGGAAGGAAAUGAUACCCUUUGAAGCCCUCACCUUGGGCACUGGACAGACAUUCUGUGUGUUGGUGGUCUCCUUUUUACGGGUUCUAGCUACUCUAUAGCACACACUCUUGCUCUGAGUUUUUUGACUCUUCAAAAGGAAUCCACACAUGUUGGUGGCUUCUUAAUUGUUCAGCUGGAACCACAGGGGGGAUCAGGAAUGUGAACGGCAUCUCAGCCUUUGUUUCAGGCCACGCUUCCCGGAUGAAGACCUGAAGACAUCACUCUCAACCCAGGCACACAAGCUGUCCGUUUUCUUGGUACUUAGCUGAAGAAAUUUUAUGCGCACCUUCUUCACCUGAGCCAAGGCAAGGCAACAGCCUCUGGGCCUCUUGGCUAGAGUCCUUCAUGCUGCAGUUUUCAGUAUUCUUUGAAAUACUGCAUGUUUCACAAAAAUGAUAAAAGAUGGAGGUUGAUAUCAAGUGAGCAGCCUAUGUUUUACUAGCUUUUUAAUUAAUCUGAUCUUAGUUGAAAUUUAGCAGACUCUUCUUUUGCUCAGUUUUCAUGACAGAAAAGCCAAGUUGGUGUUGGUUGGAUAGAGCUUGGAGAACAAAUUGGUGAAGUAGAACAGGAAAAAUACUGAAGGGUGCCUCAAAGUAAUGGCUUUAGUUCCACUGUUGCAGUACAUAACUACUGAGAAUGUGACAUUUUAUGAAUAUCUUUUUUUAAAAAAAUAUUAAUUUUUAGAUAACUAUCUUGGCCUCUUUAAUAUAUUUUAAGAGAUGUGAAUUUAUAUUUGAUCAAAAUAAGCUAGAUAAUUGAGACUUGCUAUUUUGUCCAGGCUGGCCCCAUACUCCUGGGCUCACAUGAUCCUCCUGCCACAUAAGUUUCCAGAGUAGCUAGCACUGUAGGCAUAAUUCAUCAUGCCUGCUUAGGGCUCUUUUCCAAAGAAUUUCUAUGCCACCUUUUCCUAUGACUCUUAAUUCUAUUAAUUUUAGGUACUUUAAUUGGAAACAUACAUUUUUGUAGGUUGAGUUUAUCUUUUUUUUAAUUAAAAUAUUUUUUUUAUUAUUGACAACUUCCAUAGAGUUCAUCUUUUUAAGCCAGAUCAGUUAGGAUACAUUUUGGACAUUCAGGCGCAAAUGCUAUACUUCAAACAUUGUAUUAUAGUUUUCUUAGUGACUUGAUUGAUUUGAGAAACUGUGUGAGUACAGCUGAGACUAGACUAGUGGUGGCUGACCUCUUAGUCCUGAUGUGUUUAUUUAGUAGCAGCUCCUCAGUCCACUUUGCAGUAUUUGAGCAUCACCAACUCCCAGAAAGUGCCUAAAGUUCCUCUGUUAGAUGUGUCCCCACUGUCUUUUCAUUUUUUUUUUUAAUGAGAGAGAAUUAGCAUACCAUGGCCUCCAGCCACUGAAGUUGAACUCUAGAAAUGUGUGCCACCUUGUGUGCACGUGCAACCUUCCUUGACCUUGUGUGUCUGGCUGAUUUGGUGUCUGGGGAGUCAAACAUAGGUCCUUAGACUUUGUAGGAAAGCGCCUUAGCCACUAAGCCAUCUCUCUAGCCCUGCCUUUUCAUUUUAUUCAAGAGAAUUUAUAUCCUUACAGAGAAUUAAAUAUAAAAGUCUUUAAAAUCUCAGUUUUAGCUAUUUUACUUUUUGUUUUGCUGUGUAGCUUGCUUUCUCAUUGAAAGGCCUGAAAACUGUGACCUUCAAAAGGGAAAAGAUUAUAAAAGUUAAAUAGCUUGUAUAACUUGAACUGUGUUGUAUAGAAUACAAAGUUCUUGUCAUCUGUUUUCAGAGUAGCUGCUGAUACUUAACACUCACAUUUUCAAAGAAGACCUUUCUUUAUGAGAUUAAAAACUGUCAACCCAUGAGGGCAUGCAUUUAUCAUAAAGCAGAGUGCUCUCUGGUUUCUGGCUAAAAAUAGCUGAGAAGUCCAAUUUGCCCAGGAAUGUCUGGGGGAAAAAAUUGCAAAGGGAGCACAAAAAAACUUGCUAUUUCCUUUGGACUAAUUAGGUUACUUAUCAAAAUUAUAGUGCCAUGUAUUAGGUGAGAAGGACACUUUCAAAUGUAGCUAAAUGUCCUUUUCAGUUCUCCAGCAAGAGCUCAAAUCUUUUAACAGAGUUUUAAAAAUUCCAAUUUCCAGUUCAAGGAGCUGUGAUUUUGGAAAGUAUCCCUUAGCUUGAGAAAUUUGGAGCACUGAAUCCUGCAUUAUGGUUUUGGUCAUCUGUAUAAGGAUGCCUUUUAUUAUUUCACGGAAACAUUCUUUUGAAUAUAACUUCACAAAUUAAGCAUGUAGGCCAGUAGUUGGUGGGCUUUCCCACUGACCGAAUACUAACCUUAGAACAUACUCACCCAUGAUGAAAAUGACAGGCUUUUUUCUUUUUGUUUUUUAUUUAGAAUCGAGACACAAGAAUGUAGACAUUUUUGAAAGAUGGUUUUUAUGUUUCUUCUGUUUUGGUUCUCUGCGCUCUUAAAGAACUUCAUUUAUAAAAUGAGUCUUCAAAUGAUUGAAUAUUUUAUCCAUCCCAGUAUGUGAAGCAUUCUUUUGUGAAUAAAUGUGCAUACACUAUAUAGAUUGAGCUUGUAGGUUGAGAUGUUUUCAGGGAGAAACUUUGAUACAGAAUGUAUUCCCCUUGGUCUUUCUGUCUUUAUUUCUUGUCUCAAAGACAUUUAUUUAUGGAUGGCUUAUGUUGAAUAUUUUACCUUAUAGUUUGAGAGAUUUUUUUUUUUUUUUUUUUUGAGGUAGGGUCUUGCUCUAGCAUAGGCUCACCUGGAAUUCACUAUGUAGUCUCUGGGUGUCCUUGAACUCAUGGUGAUCCUUCUAGUUCUGCCUCUUCAGCACUGGAAAUAAAAUAUACGCCACCACGCCAGACUAGUUUGAGAAUUUUUGCCAACAAUGUCUUUUAUAGAGACAUAAAGCCAUCAUUCCCAGAGUUGUUCCCACCUCUUUCAACUUUUUUUCCUAAGUGCCAAGAGGGAUGUAGCCCCUAACCCUAAGAACUGAUUUCUUGAUUCCUUAACAGGGUUUUGGGGGUGAAAAUUAAGUUCAUAUACAAAAGUGUAAUGAAUAUUGUGUAGGAAAGAUGUCUCUGUGCUAUAAACUUUUUUUUUGCAGGAAGAUACUAAGGAACUGUGUCCUGGACUGUGAAGCCCUGGUGCCAUUAGCCAUUCACAUGCAGAAAGUCCUGUGAAAUUGUGUUUCCUUCGUGUACCCCAUGAGGCUGGUUAUGAUCUGGACCAGCUUAACGUUUUAUAUUAGGUUACUUCAUUAGCUACUUUAGUCAAUAUGAUCAAAUCUUUGUAUAAUAGAAAGUUAUUUAAAUUUUAUUUUUCUACUGACAUUUCUAAUGCUGGUGUAAAUGUUUAUCAAUAAAGAAUUACUUUUAAAA